UGUGCGUCAUGUGACGGUGGACGGACGGAGAGAUGAAGAUGGCGCAGCACCGGCGCUGAAGAGUCUCCCGUAAACCGAACAGAAUUAUCGCGAAAUCACGGGCUAUCGCACCAGUCACGCGCAAAAAACGCCAAACGCGCCCGUGACACACACGGGCAGUUCGUCCUCGUGGUGUUUCAACGGAUUUCGCCGUUAAAUCGCGGACAGACCGAGGCGAUGAAAUAAAUAAAUGAUCGUCUCAUCCUCAGAUGCUGCUGCAUCCAUAACGGAGAUCCAGACGCGCGGAUGUUUAAUAGGAUGAGAAAUACACAUCUCUGAAUAAACGCGUCUGCUUUAACUUUCAUGUGUCAUUUCAACACUCUUCUGAUAUCUUGGUGAUUUUACCGGGAUCAUGUGGACACCGACCGAGGACGAGAAAAUCGGAGUGGUGGUCUGUAGUUUCCGUGGAUCUGUCUCACAUGGUUUGUCUCUAGAGCUUGGAGAAACCGUUCAGAUCUUGGAGAAGUGUGAAGGAUGGUACAGAGGCUUUUCCACCAAGAAACCAACAAUUAAGGGAAUCUUCCCGGCCAGCUACGUCCACUUGAAGAAGGCCGUCGUCACCAACAGGGGCCAAUACGAGACGGUGGUCCCACUGGAAGACCCCAUUGUGACAGAGGUCACCUCUACACUGCAGGAGUGGUCCGUUUUGUGGAAGCAGUUGUAUGUGAAACACAAAGUCGACCUCUUUUACAAGCUCCGUCACGUUAUGAAUGAGCUGAUUGAUCUGAGGCGACAACUGCUUUCAGGUCACCUGACCCAAGAUCAGGUCCGCGAAGUCAAGCGUCACAUCACCGUACGACUGGACUGGGGCAAUGAACACUUAGCCUUGGAUUUAGUGCCCAGAAAGGAGUUUGAAAUGGUUGACGCAGACCAGAUAAGUGUUUCAGACCUCUACAAAAUGCACCUAUCCAGCCGACACAGCGUCCAGCAAAGCACAUCCCAGGAUGGAGGACGACAGAGACACGGUGAAUCGUGUCGGAUGCCUGUGCCGCACCAUCUUUUCGUCAACCUGAAGAGCUUCACAUACAACACCAUCGGCGAGGACACCGAUAUCUUUUUCUCUCUUUAUGACCUGAGAGAAGGCAAACAAAUCAGUGAGAAGUUUAUGGUGAGACUUAACAAAAACGGCGGGCCAAGAAAUCCAGAGAAGGUCGACCGUCUCUGCGCGCUCUUUACGGAUCUUAGCAACAAAGACAUGAAGCGAGAUCUGUAUAUCGUGUCGCAGGUCAUUAGGACGGGGCGGAUGUUGCUGAAUGACUCAAAGAAAGGUCCUCCUCAUGUCCAGUACCGCCGGCCGUACGGAUGUGCAGUGCUCGCCAUGAGCGACAUCCUCCAGACCAUCUCUGAACUCAAAGAAGAGAAAGACUUUGUGCUUAAAGUUUACACUUGUAAUAAUGAGAAUGAGUGGUACCAGAUCCAUGAGAACAUUAUCCGCAAGUCUAGUACCAAAUACACAGCGCCCAGCACUAACUACGGUUUGAUAAUAUCUCUGCAGCUUCUGCGGGGCGACAUGGAGCAGGUGCGAAGGGAAAACCCCAUGAUAUUCAACCGCGGCGUGGCCGUCACACGCAAGCUGGGUUUUCCUGAUGUCAUCAUGCCAGUUGAUGUACGCAACGAUCUCUACCUCAUACUUGAGAGAGGAGACUUCGAAAGGGGCGGCAAGAGCGUUCAGAAGAACAUUGAGGUCACCAUGUAUGUGCUCUACGCUGAUGGCGAGUUCCUCAAAGAAUGCAUCAGUCUGGGCUCAGGAGAACACAACAUAAGCGAAUAUCGAUCUUUCGUCCUCUACCACAACAACAGUCCACGCUGGAGUGAGGUCAUCAAACUACCCAUCCCUAUUGACCGAUUCCGGGGGUCCCAUCUGCGUUUUGAGUUUAGACACUGUUCGACAAAGGACAAAGGAGAGAAAAAGCUUUUUGGCUUUGCUUUCACUCCACUAAUGCGGGAGGACGGGACCACGCUGUCAGAUGAAAGCCAUGAGCUUUACGUCUACAAGUGCGAUGAAAACACAACCUUCAGUAACCACGCUCUAUACCUGGGACUGCCCUGCUGUAAGGACGACUUCAAUGGGUGCCCAAACAUCCCAUCCAGCCUCAUAUUCCAGCGCAGCACCAAGGAAAACCUAUGGAUCACAACUCAGCUCUCCUCCACUAAACUAACACAGAACGUCGAUCUGCUAGCUUUAUUAAAGUGGAAAGCACAUCCGGACCGUGUAAUGGACAUUUUGGGUCGGUUGCGGCACGUCUGCGGGGAGGAAAUUGUCAAAUUUCUUCAAGAUAUUCUUGACACUCUGUUUUCCAUUCUGGAUGACAACACGGACAAAUAUGGACCGCUGGUAUUCCAGUCACUGGUGUUUGUCAUCAAUCUACUUCGGGACAGUAAGUUUUAUCACUUCAGGCCUGUGAUGGACACUUACAUCCAGAAACAUUUCGCUGGAGCGUUGGCUUACAAAGAGCUGAUUCGCUGUCUGAAAUGGUAUAUGGACCGAUCAGCUGAAGUUGUACGACAGGAUCACAUCCAAGAAGCAAUGCGGGCUCUAGAAUACCUGUUUAAAUUCAUCGUCCAGUCACGGAUCCUCUACUCACGGGCCACCUGCGGGAUGGAAGAGGACCAGUUCCGCGCUAGCAUCCAGGAGCUAUUCCAGUCCAUCCGCUUCGUGCUCAGCCUGGACAGCCGCAGCUCGGAGACCCUCAUUUUCACCCAGGGUCCCCAGCCUCCUACAGGACCAGCCACUACCAACCAGGGCAGCUGCGUUCAGCCGUUGAGUUGUAAUGCCCCACGGCCCUCUCCUCUGUCCGCUGCCCUUCUCAACUCAUUCCCGGCUAUAUUUGAUGAGCUCCUGCAGAUGUUCACAGUGCAGGAAGUGGCAGAAUUUGUGAGGGGAACUCUGGGCAGCAUGCCCAGCACAGUGCACAUCGGGCAGUCCAUGGAUGUGGUCAAACUGCAGUCCAUCGCACGUACGGUGGACAGUAGACUUUUCUCCUUCCCCGAAUCAAGGAGGAUUCUGCUUCCUGUCGUUCUACAUCACAUUCAUCUGCAUCUGAGGCAACAGAAGGAGCUUCUAAUCUGUUCGGGGAUCCUGAGCAGCAUCUUCUCCAUUAUUAAGAGCAGCUCACUGGAGAGCUCUGUACAGGAAGAGGUGGAAAUGAUGGUGGAGAGUUUGUUAGAUGUGUUGUUACAGACGCUGUUGGCCAUCAUGAGUAAAUCUCAGUCGCAGGAGGCGGUAAGAGGGCAGCGCUGUCCACAGUGCACGGCCGAAAUCACUGGGGAAUACGUGUCGUGUCUGUUGUCCCUCCUGCGUCAAAUGUCAGACAUUCACUUCCAACACCUGAUGGACAACUUCCAGAGCAAAGAGGAGUUAAAGGAAUUCUUGCUGAAGAUCUUCUGUGUGUUCAGAAACCUAAUGAAGCUCAGCAUCUUUCCUCGGGACUGGAACGUCAUGCGCCUUCUGACCAGCAAUAUCAUCGUGAGCACAACUCAAUAUCUAUCCCCUGCUCUCCAUAAAAGCUUCACAGACGCCGACUUUGAUUUCAAGGUUUGGAAUUCAUACUUCAGUCUGGCUGUACUCUUUAUCAACCAGCCCAGUCUACAGCUGGAGACUCUGACACCAGCCAAAAGAAAGAAAGUCUUUGACAAGUAUGGUGAUAUGAGAGUCAUGAUGGCUUAUGAACUAUUUAGCAUGUGGCAGAAUCUGGGUGAGAAUAAAAUCCACUUCAUACCGGGAAUGAUUGGGCCGUUUUUGGGAGUGACUCUUGUACCACAAAAUGAAGUCCGAAAUAUAAUGAUCCCCAUCUUCCAUGACAUGAUGGACUGGGAACAGCGAAAGAACGGCAAUUUUAAACAGGUGGAGGCAGAACUGAUUGACAAACUUGACAGUCUGGUGUCUGAAGGCAAAGGAGACGAGAAUUACAGAGAACUCUUCAGUUUACUAACACAACUCUUUGGGCCGUACCCCAGUCUGCUGGAGAAGAUAGAGCAGGAGACCUGGAGGGAAACGGGCGUUUCAUUCGUCACGUCUGUCACACGAUUAAUGGAACGACUGCUUGACUACAGGGAUUGCAUGAAAGGUGAUGAAACUGAAAACAAGAAAAUAGGCUGCACUGUGAACCUGUUGAAUUUCUACAAGUCAGAGAUUAACAAGGAGGAGAUGUACAUCCGAUACAUUCACAAGCUGUGCGACAUGCACCUGCAGGCUGAAAACUACACAGAGGCGGCGUUUACUCUUCUGCUCUACUGGGAGCUGCUACACUGGGAGGAAAGACCUCUCCGAGAAUUCCUACACUAUCCUGCACAGAGUGAAUGGCAUCGCAAAGAGGGUCUCUGUCGUAAAGUUAUCCACUACUUCAACAAGGGAAAGUGUUGGGAGUACGGCAUACCCUUGUGCCGAGAACUAGCCUUCCAGUACGAGUCCCUUUAUGAUUAUCAGAGUCUCAGCUGGAUACGGAAAAUGGAAGCCGCAUAUUAUGACAACAUCAUGGAGACGCAGAGACUUGAGCCCGAGUUUUUUAGGGUGGGAUUUUACGGACGAAAAUUUCCCUUCUUCCUCAGGAAUAAGGAGUUUGUUUGCCGGGGUCAUGACUAUGAGAGACUUGAAGCCUUUCAGCAAAGAAUGCUGGGAGAAUUUCCACAAGCUAUUGCCAUGCAACACCCGAAUCAACCAGAUGAGUCCAUUUUACAGGGUGAUGCCCAGUACCUACAGAUCUAUGCGGUAACACCAGUCUCAGAAAAUGUUGACGUGUUGCAGAUGGAACGCGUGCCAGACCGCAUCAAAAGCUUUUACAGAGUCAAUAACGUCCGACGAUUUCGUUACGACCGUCCUUUCCACAAGGGGCUAAAAGACAGGGAGAACGAAUUUAAGAGUCUCUGGAUUGAGCGGACUACACUCAUCCUUACACAUCCUCUGCCCGGGAUCUCCCGUUGGUUCGAGGUGGAGAAACGAGAGCUGAUUGAAGUGAGUCCGCUCGAGAACGCCAUUUACGUGGUAGAAAAUAAGAACCAGGAGCUGCGUACCCUGAUCAGCCAAUACCAACACAAGCAGCUUCACGGAAACGUAAACCUGCUCAGCAUGUGCCUCAACGGAGUCAUUGACGCGGCUGUCAACGGCGGAAUCGCCAGAUACCAGGAAGCUUUCUUCGAUAAAGAAUACAUUAGCAGUCACCCUGAAGAUACGGAGAAAAUCACCCAGCUCAAGGAUCUCAUGCAAGAACAGGUUCAUGUCCUGAGCGUUGGGUUGGCGGUCCAUGAGAAACUGGUGCAUCCGGAAAUGCGUCCCUUGCACAAGAAACUCAUUGAUCAGUUCCAGAUGAUGAGGAGCAGUCUUUGUCAUUGUUUCUAUGUGGCCCUGCAGGGCCUGCCCGGUCUGGAUAAACUGAGCCCGGCCUGCUCAGGGGCCAGCACCCCACGCAGUAUCCUCGCCACCCACAGUCCCAUGAGUCCUGAGAGUAUAAAACUCAUGCAUAGACACAGCCCUCUGAAUGUGUUGGGCUCUAUCCGCCACUCCUCCUCUUCUCUUUCCUCUCACACCUCCAGUGAGACAGGAAACCUGCUCAUCCUGACAGACGGCAUGAUGGAGCACCCGGAGGACCUCUACCGCAUGCAGCCUAGUCCAUCAUCAUCCAGCUUGAGCUCGACUCAUUCGGCUCCGUCUCAGAUGAUCAACUCAGGUCACACCAGCAUCAGAGUUGGGUCCCCAUCACUCCCUGACCGAUACAGACACAAUCGAGAGAUGUUGAUGCUUCUGCCGCCCCACAGGGACCGUCCCAGCAGCGCCUUGUACCCUAACCUCACUGAGAAUGGACAGCCGACCAAUCACCAGAGGGCUUUGUACCAUCAGGUCAUUGGCCCCUGCAAACCCUGCAGUGACCCGAAUCUCUCUGUGGCUGAUAAAGUGUUGACUGCUCCAAGCAGCUGGAGUUUGGACAGUGGCACCAGGGACACUCUCCCGUUCCUCUCUGCUCAUGUGGGGAGUGUGAUGGGACCGCCCGUACCCCCCCGCACCCUCCCUCCCGGACACUUCUCGAUGCACUUUGAUGCCUUCCACCACCAGACCAGCGAACACCCUCCAGCUCUCCCUGCGCGCUCCUUAAGAAAGUCUCCCCUGCACCCUAUACCUGCCUCACCCACCAGUCCACAAUCAGGCCUGGAUGGCAGUAACUCCACGCUCUCUGGCAGCGCCAGCAGUGGCGUUUCCUCCCUGAGCGAGAGCAACUUCGGCCAGUCCUCCUCCGAGCCUCCGGCACGAGCCGACACCAUGGACUCCAUGCCGAGCAGCCAGGCUUGGACCACGGACACUGAGGAAGCCGAGAGCCCCUACCUCCCCGUGCGCUACAGCGUCUCCGAGCCCGAGGUUCUUGACACUCUCAAGCCCGCUCCGUGCCGCAGUCACUCAGCCCCAUUGGGCGUGACCCCGGGAGUACCCCCAGAUAGUCACCAUCACAUGCACCUUCACCACCACCAUCCACACGCAAUUCACAUCACCCACCCCCAUUAUCAUCACCACGACCCUGCACCUGCUCUUCCCCCCAAACCCUACCUGAGGGAAGGAUGCAUCCCUGAAGAGGACCUAAGGCCGGUUCCAAGGCCCAUGCCACGCAAGAUCUCGCAGCCUCUGCUCACCAACAAGGAAGCACAAGCUAAAGUGGCCUGGGAACAUGGAAUCAGCGAAGAAUAGAUUAAAAAAAUUAUGUUUUGCCUGGACUGUUGGAUUUUGUUGAUGUGUUUUUGGGUUCUGGGAAUGUUGACGCCCCGAAGGAACUGGUUUGAAACUUCCCCUAUUCUUCCCAUAUAUAUAGUGUAAAGCUUUUCAGAAGUGCUUGCCAUGUUGCUGAGCUUCCAAACUAGUGAGAUUUUUAUGUUUUGCGGGUGUUCAACGGGCUCGUAUAGCCCAGACCUGUAUGCCCAAAGCAUAUGUACACGGCUGUGAUAACCCAGAUAUGUGAUGGCAUGGAAAGAUAUGCUCAGAUGGUACAGGAAGCACAAUGAUCACAUGAUUUAACUGGUAGGCAGGGUAAUCUGCCAUGUACUAGAUGGAAAAAUGAUCGGCCUAUAUCUCUUUUGAAGUUGUUUUACAAUCAAAACCUUGUGUUACUGAAAUAAUAGUGUUGUCAAACCUUGCCAGGAAGCACUUUUCCACUCCGGCGGGGUUGCACUUAAGCACUUAUCCUUAGGCCACCAAAACCUUAUUAGUUAUUCACAUAUAUUUUUAAAUGAUGCUAGCGGUGGUCAAACAGCUUAAGCUUUAGGCACUACCUUGAUUUGCAUUUUCCCAACAUAUGAGUGAUUAUAGAAGUUCUUUGAAGAUCAUUUCAGCAUGAUUUCUUCUCUUGACAAGAUAUUCACUUUUCUUUUCAAGUGCAUUUAAAGUGUGUCAACACAAUGUCAGAAACAACAUGCCAAAACUUCAUUACCGUCCCAAAACACCUCCUGCAUGUUUGCGAGAAGCUUCUCCAGAGAGAAGCUGCACUGAUUUGACACUAAAAGGCUUUAACAAUCUCCGUAAAGCCUCAUUACACCCACAAUAUUGUCAUGCCUCGCAAGCAAGUCAGCCUCGCCUAACAUUACUAUCCCGUUAUGAUAAUAACACAACAUUCAAAGAGCUUUUAUAUCAAAGCCAUUUCCUAGAUGUCUCCUUACGGUAAAGCAGCUUUCGGUCUCAGCAGGUUUCUUUGGGAUGUGAUUUCCGUUCCUCUGAGUUGACAGUUUUCAUAAAAAGUUUAUAUUUUUAGAUAGAGCUGUUAUAAAAUUCCAAGACUUUAAUAUAAUUGUAUAGUAAAAUAAAAAAAGUGAGAGAGAGAAUAAAUACAGCUUAGAUUAUAUCAUAAAUAUAGCUUUGAAAGAUUAUAUAGUAUGUUUAGGAGGCUGGAAGCAAAGAUUUAUGAGUGUGUGUGUUUUAUGUUGCACUGAUGUGUUUAUGGACGUCAAGUCCUUCAGCUGCUGAUGGAUUCGCACUCGAUACCUGUGUAACAAUUUUUGAUGACUUGAAAGUGCGUGUUAUUUUAAGAGCUCAUUUAUAUGUACAGUUCUGCAUGUUCUCUACAAUGGUGGUCACGAUAUUGUCAUCUGUCACUUGAAGGAAGGUCUGGUAGAGGCAUUGCUUGUCUAUCUAAUCAUUCUCAACAUUAAUUCACGUUACGUCACGAUACUGAUAAUAUUUUUUGCCUUGGGUUUAUUUGGACUUGAAUAGAUUUGAAUUGUCGUAAAAGCCUAAACAUGCUUGGCAAUAGCAAAAUCAUUUUUAAGUAAAAAUCAAGAAUGGCCUUUGAGACCAUGUCUUAACCAGAAAUGACGAGUUCAGGUCACUAGAUUUAGCAACGUGCUUUCAAACAAGCACCUAGCAACAAAACUAGUGAUUUUUUAUGAACCUAACUGUCUUGCUUUUCCGGGACAGGAACAAAUCGAAAGAAUGAAAGAGAUUUGCCCAUACAAAGCAGUGUUUCCAAGAACCAAUCAUUUCCAGCCAAGUUAGUGCAAAUAUGAUGUGAUGCCGUUGUUAAUCUGUUAUUAAAUGUGCUAAUUAAGCUAGCGACUUUUCAAGCAGGCGUUACGCUGUGUUCAGACUGUCGCCUACUUCUGUCGUCAAUAAUCACUGUUGCUCGUGUUGCUGGAAGUAGCCAAGCUCCCAUUGAAAUGAAUGAGAUCGCGUCUCUCUGUCGCUGCCAGCCGCUGUCGGUCUGAACGGGGCUUUCGGUUCAGUUUUCAUCUUUUAAUUAAAAAUAGUUGGCACAUCGUUCACAUAAACCAGGGUGAACCCAACAUGCUUUCUAUACCAAUACAAAUUGAAACCUCAUUGGUUUACAGUCAUGCUCUACAUAACUGUAUAUUAAACGUUAAAUUAACACUAUAUGGCUGUAGUUGUGUUGUUUUGCCACGUUUAAUUGCAAUCUGGAAGAGUAACAUCUGGUUAGGACCUGGUUAGGACCAAAAUUUAUUUUGACAGUUUUUUUGUGUGUGGGCAUUAUCAUAUGAAUUGUUAAUAGUUUAUGGGUUAUUGUUCAAUGUGCUUCAUGUAACUUAGACUUUAUGUUUGGCGUUUGGGAAAUACGAUGAAGUCUUUUAAAAGUUUGGCAUGCAAACACAAAGUAUACAGAAAAAUCAUAAUGCUCAUAUGAAAUAAACUUCAGUCCCAUGCUAGUCCCCUAUCAAAGGGUAAUGGCAAGUGUUUAUUAAAUCUACAAGUUUUUUAUGUGCGCUUUUGUAAUAUGAACACUGUAAUGGUCAUCGAGAGAUAUGUACAGUGUCAAAUGCAUGUUAACGUAAUGGCAUAUCGUAUCUUAUUUUUUAUGGCCAAGCAAAUUCAAUACAAGUGUAUGUUUUGAUAAGGGGCAUUUUGUAAACCUGAGAAUCUAUCAUGCAACACAUAAUAUUAUCCCGUAACCAUUUACUAACCUCGUAUCUCCAAUUUAAAUAUCCAAAUGCCAUUUCUUUAAGUCCAAGCUGAUGAUUUGUAGUAAAAAAUUGCAUUUUAAAGACAUACAGAUAUGGUUUACGAAUUAGUUUGUAAUAGUUAUUGGGAUUACCCUUCAAUCAUUUUAAUAAUUAUUUUUUAUAUACAUUAAAUAUCGAGUGAUCAGGGAUGGAACUGCAAUCUAUGCAAAGAUCGUGUGAAAUAGGAAAGAGUGUAAACUGCUUAUGUGUGUCCCGGGAUGGCCCAUUCUGUGAAAAUCAGCACGGAUAACAAAAAGGCAUUGGUUUUUGAUAUUUAUUGUUUUCAACAUUUCUUCUUAUGGCUUUCCAGACAUUUUGCAUGUAAAUAUUGACUGACGGAUACUGUGUGUCUUGUACUCAUCCACCAAAAUCAUAAUUUUGCUUGCGUAUUCAAGCCCAAAAAUAAUAAAAAAAGCAUUAAACAUAUAAUCACAAUUCAUUUAAACCGGUUACUCAUUUGGCACAAAACAUCAUGUAAAAACAAUUGUACAUAUUUACAUGUUUAAUAUCUCAGUAGAGGAAAGCUGAAGUUUUGGAUAUGGAGUUUGAGGGUGAUGUUUUAUUUUUUACAUGAUGAGGUUGCCCUGAUAAUGAUCUGCAAUUCAGUAUUCGAUCAGUACUUUGUUCAUAUAUACAGCAUUAGGUGUAAUUUGCUAAUGAAAUAUUUUUUUCUUCUGUAUUUUGCUGAGAACAUUGAUUGAAAGAAAGAUAUUGCAGUAUGCUGGAAAUGGAUAGUUUUUGGCAAAUGUGCAAAGUUGUAACACUGGAAAAAUGACUUUUUGUACAUAAGAAAAACUGAAUAAGAGGGGUACUAAACACUGACCUGCAUUACAGUUUUUACCACACCAUGUCUGGCUUUAUUUUGUGUAUAUAAUCCUUCAAAAGCUUUGUAUUUAUAUGGUCAAGAAGGACAAAUCAUGUAUAGACUGAGAUUAAUUGUCUGCCUUUCUGAUGUAAAUGUGUUUUUAAAACUAAAAUGCAAACGAGUUAAAAUUAAAAAAAAAAAUCAAUGGGCUAAUCACUGCAGUUAUUUUGUGUAUUUUGCAUCAGAAUCUAAAGAAGUUACGUUUUACCAUGCAGAAAUAUGAAAACCUUUGUAUAAGUAUUCUCAAGUAUUUUUUUCUGUAUAUAUUGUGCUAGCAUGAAUAAAUGUGGUGUGGAUUUUAGAUGUAAAUACACCUUUUUUUUCCUACUCACUUAACCGCUGUGACUUGUAAUUCAUUAAUAAUGCCUAAUAUUAAAGAUAAUGUUUUAUCAACUUA